UCGUGUCCCAUCGUCGAGAGACCGUGCCACCGAUAGAUUUUCCGCCACCUACACCGUCGUCGAUGUCGCAGGGCGUAUAAUGAUGCGCUUGUAAAACGCGACGUUUCGUGUUUUCAUCCGCCGUUUCUAUCGUGUUCACGUCAAAACAGCAGCUUCAUUUUUUGCAUCGUUCGGACCACGUAGACGUAGGAUCGACGAGCUAGUAGAUAAAAGAGGAGGAACAACCCCCGUUUCAGAGCAGGCAGCCGACGAAAAAGCACCAAAAUGCCUGCCAUAAAGAGAGAGGCAGAGCCCUUGCCAGAGGGCGUAACCGAAAAUGAUAACGACUCGACGUUCAACUACAGUUCAGAGGAGCCAGAAACAGGAACGGAAGCGGAAGUGGGGACCGAAUCUGUCGCAGAAACGUUUGAAACUGAAGUACAGAAUUUGGGGAAGGAACUUGCGGAAGAGAUGGGAAUACCAACAUGGGGACUAGUCGCAAUUUUAAUAGCUGUAGGAGUAGUAGUUCUCGGGAUAUGCUUCUGCUGCAUAAGAAGAUGCUGUCGCAAAAGACGAUCCAAGGACGGCAAGAAAGGGUUGAAGGGUGCAGUAGAUUUGAAAUCGGUGCAACUGUUAGGAAGCACGUACAAAGACAAGGUUCAGCCGGAUAUGGAAGAAUUGACCGACAAUGCUGAGGAGCCGGACGAAGCUGAAAGCAAGCAGAGUGAGGUGAAACUCGGUAGACUUCAAUACAAGCUCGAAUACGACUUCAACACGAACAGUUUGGCAGUGACGGUGAUACAAGCUGAAGACCUUCCAGCAUUGGACAUGGGUGGUACGUCCGACCCGUACGUGAAGGUGUAUCUGUUACCGGAUAAGAAGAAAAAAUUCGAAACGAAAGUGCACAGGAAAACUCUCAGUCCGGUUUUCAAUGAAACUUUCACAUUCAAGGGUGUUCCUUACGCAGACGCCAUGAACAAGACGCUCGUUUUCGCGAUCUUCGAUUUCGACAGGUUCUCGAAACACGACCAAAUCGGUGAAGUGAAGGUUCCACUCUGCCAGGUUGAUUUGGCUCAAACGAUUGAAGAAUGGAGGGAACUGCAAAGUGUCGAGGGUGAAGGUGGUCAGGAUAACAAAUUGGGAGAUAUAUGCUUCUCGCUCCGAUACGUACCCACAGCCGGUAAACUGACGGUGGUCAUCUUAGAAGCGAAGAACUUGAAGAAAAUGGAUGUCGGUGGUCUGUCAGAUCCCUAUGUGAAAAUUGCUUUGAUGCAAAAUGGCAAGAGAUUGAAGAAAAAGAAAACGUCCAUUAAGAAGUGCACUCUUAAUCCUUAUUACAACGAAUCAUUCACGUUUGAGGUACCCUUCGAGCAGAUACAGAAAGUGCAAUUGGUUGUCACGGUAGUCGAUUACGAUCGUAUCGGCACCUCAGAACCCAUUGGGAAGGUCGUCUUGGGGCACAACGCGAGUGGAACAGAGUUGAGACACUGGACCGAUAUGUUGGCAACCCCGAGACGUCCUAUUGCUCAAUGGCACACGCUUAAAGAUCCCGAGGACGGCGACAAGAAAGACUAAGUUCGUUUCGAAAUUGUCCAGGUUUAAGGUAAUGCACACCAAAGGUUCUAAGCAGUUACGACAAAUGUACAGAAAAAAGCAUUUCUUUCGUUUUUUCGUAUGUUUUCCGUUUUACGCUUUUUGCCAUCCCUCCCUCCCCCUUCCCAUUACUCGACAAACUAUAUAUAUAUAUAAAUAUAUGUAUAUUUUCCAAUGAUAUCCACGAUUCCACUGUACGAGGAUGCAGGAUUUCUCUGGACAAACGAAAGAAACGAGAGAUGUGCAAAAGAAAAAUUUGAAAAAAAUGAAAAAACAUGAUAGAGAAGAGACAUAAAAUGAGAUGCAACGAUCUCUCGAUGUAGCUGGUCGUUCUAUUUAAAAGAAAAAAAAAGAAAUAUAAUCGUGCACGAGAAUGAUAGAGAGAACGUGAGACGGAUGAGAGAAAGACAGAGCGAAAGGUAGAAUGAAAGGAUUAAAUACUAAGAAAGCGAGAGAGAGAAAAAAGAAACAAAAGGGGAUAACUUUAGUAGAUAUUAAUAAUCUAUUGCUAACUAAACAAUAAACACCACCAAAAUGGUUUUAGUAUUAAAUAUGUUCUCAUGGAGUGUAGUGUCUUGUAUAUACGUAUAUCUACUAUACUUUCUUCUGUAGAUGUAAUGUCGAAUGAAUUCAAAAUAACGCGUCUCCUCCUCGAGGUAUCUCGAUGAAGCAUUGAGUAUUUGCAACGCGUAUGUAUUUUUUAUUUUCUCAAAUACGAGUUCUAAAUAGUAAGAUAGCAUGUUUUUUGUUCGUUGUUUCAAUUGAUGGCACGUUUUUUGAUGAGAUGUUUAUAAGAUAGCGAUGCUGUUAAUCUUAUUAGAAAUUAUAUUAUAUAUAUAUUCCGCGUAUAAUAUAUACGACGUAAAUCGUGUUGGACUGUGUGAGCAGUAGUGGAACAUCAACGACGUUUGUACAAAUCGAUAGUCGUGUUCGUGCAAAAAAAAUAAAUGAACAAGUAUAAUUACCUAUAGUUAUAAUUAUAUUGUAAUCAAUACAUAUAAUAGAAACUGAACGGUUUCGUCAUUGUAACUUACCCGAUCGCCUUUAUAUGAUUUCUUUUGUACAAUUCACAUGCGAACUUUCCUACUGUUUCUCUUCUUUGUAUUAAUAUUUAUUUGCUAAUAUUUCAAGGAACGAUGCAUUGAAUUUUUUUGCAAACCGACAAUGCUUAGAUCGCGAUACCUUUGUACUGGUAACGACCAUAGACUAUGCGCUACCUGUACGGGCAACUCGUCCGAUCAAAACGAAUCUCCUAUCAACACAGAGGACGGGAAAUUCAAAAACUUCUCUAAUAAAAUACAAGUUUCUACGGUUUCACUAGCGAACAAACUCCACAGAAGUUUUUGUUGUAAUUGCAUCGUUCGAUUAUAAUACUUUCACUAGCAUAAUUUCAUAGUUCACUUGUUUUAUCGAUAAAAGUGUUAUAAUCGAUGACUGCACGAAUGGUGGUUUGUCCGUAGAGCGAGACUGAAAUAGAACAAAGGAAUACGAUUUGAUUAGCGAGUUACCGAGAUUGAAUGUGCGGAAUUGUUGGUAAACAUUGUAUCUUUAUCCACGGGUGUUCGUUUUUCCCGCGAUUCUGCAUGUUCGUUCAAAAUAUACAUACAUGUGUACGUGAAAUUGUAAACAUAUUGGUGUACACGGUGUUUCAUAACGUAUGGGGCCCUGUUCAGCAAAAGAUUAGAGACACGGACAUUGUAAAAGGAGUUCCUAUAGACAUACAUAUACUCGUCGUCAAAUCAGACUUCCCUAGGGAAAAUAGUGGUAUAGGAAAAACAGGAAUUCCCAAAAUCUUAAUUUUGAUGAUAUUAAUAUUAAAAGUAAUUUAAAUUAAAAAAAUAUAUAAUUUUUAAUUAUUAAAUAUUAAAAAUUUGGCAAAAGAAUAAAUAAAUAUCAAUUUAAAUUUUCCCGCGUGAACAUUUAUAUAUAAGUGGUGGGAAGCAACAAACCUAUAUAUAUAUAUAUAUAUAUAUAUAUAUAUAUAUAUAUAUAUAUAUAUAUAUGUAUAUGUAUAUGAGAUCCUCUUUCCUACAUCCUCAAUCUUCCUGUGGCUACCUAAGAGGUGGGGUGAGAGCUCACGGAAGCCUAAUUUCAUUAUGAGUGCUCAUCAUAAUUUCAACCUAACCUCCAAAUUACAUCGUUUGAUCCUUGUUUUUUGAACAACUCUGUAACUUCAAACAGACUUUAACAUUAUUAAAUAUUUGUUUUAAAUUAACUAUUCAAUUAUAUUAAAUCUCUGUUCUCUUAUCGCAUUAAACGUCUAAAUACAUUACUAAAUAUCUGUGUCAAGACAAUUAUUUAAUUAAUUCUCAUAGUAAAAUAAGUUAAAAAAUAGAUUUAUCGUUGGAAAAUAUUAAAAUAAAAAAAGUGGCUAUAACUUAAAAAUAAAAGUAAAUAAAUCUAUACUUUUUUCAUUGUCUUUGUGUUUUCUAUCAGUCAUUGAAGCGAGUCCUGUACAUUAUGAAACACUCUGUAUAUAUUUACCACGUGUUAUAUACAUAUAUAUAGAUACUGUUAUUGUUUUUCAAAACGUAAUAGGCCUACCAAUUGUAUAACUUGCGUCAUCAUUUCGUUGAACUGUUUCUCGGAUAAUGAGCGUAAAGAAAGGAAAAAGAAGAAGGUUAGUGACGAGUCCACGGUGAUUCUUUAUUGUAUCUUGGGAAUUGAAGGAAGAACAUAAAAGAAGAAAAAUGUUACGCGGCUAUUAAUGAUACGUUCCAGGCUAAACUUUACGAAACAAUUACGAACGUCCUGAGAUCUACAAAGCAUUAUAUAUUAUAUAUAAAUAUAUUAUAUAUAUUAUAUGUAUCCUUCGAGAAAAAGAUAAAGAAAAACGAUUGUUAGAAAACUGACUUUAUACAGUAUUAACUGAGUUUGACUGCUAUCAAACAAAAAAAAACUAAUGUUCAUAUAUUUUAUCGCAUCGUUGACUUUGAAGCUUCGAAUUCGACUGAAAGAAAGGAAAAAGAAAAAAGAAUGGGUUGAUAGGUACAAUAAAUGUAGUUUUUGCGUGGGUACGUGUUUUAAAGCUAAGAAAAAGCACGUUUUAUUAGAAGUCCUCGAAAGAAAUACCUUCCUUCGACGCACCGCAUUUUUUUUUUCACUCAAAGUCAUCGGCUAACAUUGGUGACUUUGCGAACGAAAAGAAUGAGCAUCCAUGUAAACGGGCCUUAACGCUUUAUCGAGUUCUCCUUCCCUCGUCCAAUCGUGGUCGAGCAAAUGCAUCGUAACUUUGUAAAUAUCACGCAGAGAUUUUCUCAGUUGUCGUUAAAUCUUCAUAAAUUCCAUUCGAAUCAGCAUCAUCGUAGUAAUUAGAAACUUUUGAUUCCCCGUGCGAUUCGAUCUUUCUUUUUCUUCUUCUUUCGAGCAUAGUACGUGUACUUACUCUACGUUUCACGCAACCUUCACCAGAUAAGCAUUGCACGUGAUCAAGUUGUAAUAAGCAUGUAACGAUAUCACUACCGGUAACGAUAUUAGUAGUAACAUUAAUUAUUCGUAACAAAGAAAAAGAUAUCAUGAAGAAAGUGUUAAGGUGUACUCAACAAUUUCGUAAAGCUUAUCAGUUUAAUGCUGAUCAGAUAAAAGUCCUACGCCCCUUCGAGUUUGAACAGGUACGGUGUUUAUUAGAUUAGUACAAAGGGUUCGUUGUAUAUUUGGAUCUAGGUUAAAAUUAUGUUUAUCAAAUCAACUUUUUACUUAUAGUUAUUUUUUGUAUUUCGUUUUUAUGGAAUUUAUGAACUUAUUGUUAGUUCAAAUGGGACGUUGUACACCGCCGAGCAAAGGGGCUUUCCUUAGGAAAAAGUGACGAUAGAGGAGAAACAGAACUAUUGCUUACUAUACAGGGUGAUCCACUCGCAACCGGACACAAAGGAACAUUGGCGACAAUGAACCCCUUGACCGCACCAUAAAGAGGUCCGCAUUGUCACGUGCCAGCGGGGACUUACCCGGGCCGAGACGACUCUGUAUCUUCAUGGUGCAGUCAAGGGGUUCAUUGUCGCCAGUUCCUUUAUGUCCGGCUGCGAGAGGAUCACCCUGCAGACUGGCUAUCGAGUUCGGGUAGAUUCUCAAUGGGCCGGUAGGGAUUUGGGACCUAAUUAAUUAAAAUUAGGGGUGAAAACUUAAGUCCCAGUCCGCCUCUGAUUACAGUACUCGAAAAUUUCAAUGCAUUCUAUGUACUUUUAGUUUAUCAAUACUUAUUUUAAUAUGGAUUAUUUUUAAAAUACUGUUAAGCAAAAAAUUUAAAAGGCGAAACUUUUAUUUAAUGGAUGAAUUUAAGUACAAUCAACAGCCUCAUAUGAAUGAUUAUCUUGAUUAUUAUUUUAGUCGUUAUAUUAUCAUUAUUAAAAAUAGUAAUUUUCAAAGUCCUAAUUUUGAAUAGUAUAUUAAUAUUAAUUUUUAAUGUUUAAUUAUUAAAUAUUAUAAAACUUUUAUCGCAAGUGAUGGGUUCCUUCCAGCAGGCGCGAUGCUGGGUAUUGUACAAAUACGACAAACCAUUUGUACCAAUGUGAUAAAACAGAAAGAGAUCAGAGGAAGAGCUACAUAUGUAUGUUAAUUUGAAAAUGUCUUCGACGGAUUUCAUUCCAUGUAUUUCCAGGAUUUCAAUGUUAAUACGAUAAUACAUUUAAUUGUGUACCUGUUAUAUCAUGCACGCUAUACAAAAAAAAAAUCAAUGUUGCUCGAAGUAUAAAAUUGAGAAACGUUUCAUACAAUUCUGCUUCGGGGAACAAUGCGCACCGUCGAAUACAUGAACGAAGUACUCUUCUGAAUUUAGUUAUCUCUCUGUACAUUACAAAACGCGAAAAGAGAAAAAAAACAAUAGAAAUAUUUGGUUAGAAAUAUAUAGAAAUUCGUAUCAAGAUUAUUUUUUGUACGUUAUGAAAACGAUGAAGUAUCUUCGUCAAAUGUCGACUGUUACUUAUUUAACAACGGUGUAACGUUAAUUUAAUGUAUCGCGUAUAAAUUUAGUGUAACGUUAAUUUAAUAUACGGAAAAACGAAACAUGGAUAGAUAACGUUUCCCAUUUCGUCAGUAUCUUGUUAAGUUUCUCGACCCUUUGAAGGGUCGUACGAAGACUCGAUGCCAGAGUACCAUCGCCGAUCAGAGUAUCUAGUCCAGAAAUAAAAAAAAGUACGUUAAGACACUUGAGAGAAGAAUGCAUACAAGUACAACUUUGCCGACAGAAUAUUCCAAAAAAUACGUAAGCACGCUUGCAUUAAUCAUUAUAUCCCUUGGAAACUACAUUCACUAUCUAUAUAACACCUCAAACAUGCAUAUCAAACAUUGUUCCAAGCUUUCCUUAUAUUUUUUUAACAAAGCUUUAGAAACAUCUCAUGCUUGUAUACAUAAUGCAAUCAUAACUUAAGUCUUAAAUAAUACACUUUAUAUGCUAGAAUUGUACAUCAGCACUGUCCAUAAGAGAGAUCCUUUACAUGUUUUGCAAUUUCACUGUUUGGCUCGCCCUUCAGCCUCCUCAGCACUCAUGAAGUCACAGGAAACCCAUCAGUCCCAUUUUAUGGACUCUGUGAUAAGUGUCAAAUAAGCCAUAGUAGGAAGUUGCUAAAUUUUAUAAAAUGUAAACAGUAGCUCUAGUGGAUAACACUUCAGUGGUCUAUAAUGAUAUCACCUAUGGGAACAUUGGUCUAUGAUGACAUUGUCCAUGAGAGCAUUAGUUUAUGACAAUGUUGUCCAUGGGAGCAUUAGUCUAUUGUGAUGCUGCUAUGGGAACAUUGGUUUACAAUGACAUUAUCCAUGAGAGCAUUAGUUUAUAACAAUGGGAGCAUUAGUUUAUAAUCCAUAAUGAUACUAUAUGUUGGAGCAAUAGUCAAGAGCUAUGCUGUUCAUAGGAGCAAUAGGCUAGUAACAAUACUGUUUGUGGAAGCAUUGAUUUAUAAUGAUACUGUCUGAGAAAUCACUGGUCUAUAACUAUGCUGUCUAUGGAAGCACUGCUCUAUAACAAUAUUGUCUGUUGGAAUAGUGAUGUAUAACAAUGCUAUCCAUGGAAACACUGGACUGUAUCAAUGCUGUCUAGGGAAACACUGUCUAUCUAGAAAACCACUGGUCUAUUUCAAUGCUGCCCAUGGAAACACUGAUCUAUAACACUGUUAUUUAUAGAAACAUUGUUCUACAUCAGUGCUAUCCAUAGAAGCAAUAGUUCAUAAUGAUGCCAAUCAUAACAUGUAUCCUUAACAUGUUUUGGUUUUCCAUCACCCAAAUUCUGUAUUAUGUCCAAAUUUAAAUACAUCCAUAAUCUCAUGGUCUGUUCGGAAUCCCAAUUUCUAAACUGUAGAAGCUGCUUUGGAAAACACUGACCUAUCAUUUGUAUUUAGUCUCCCUAACUAACCAUCUUAAAAUAUAUGGUUCUCCAAACUUCUCUUUAGUAAACAAAUUCUUAUCGAAAAUCCACUCAUAAACCCAUUAAUCCCCUAUGAGCAUACAUGGAUAGGUAAUCCAUAAAAAUUUUCCAAGGACUCUUGUGGACAAAACUGUAUAUCCUGCAGCGAUAGUUUAUAAUAAUCAUCGAUAACUGCGAUUUAAUUAUUCACAGGUAAUUCGAUAGUUCAUGGUAUUGAUGCUGAUUACAGCAUUUCAGUCGGCAAAGUGGUACAUUGAUGUAUUAUCUAAGAGGAGCAGUCAUUAAUAUGCAUAAAAUCGAUCAUCACGAGUAAUAUAGGAAGCGUAGGAUAGAAGUGUAUAAGUGUUGGCACGUAGAGAGGCAAAUUCUUGGAUAAUAUCAUUCCACUUACCUCCCGGAUUCUAAAGUGAAAAUCGUUUCUUGAAUCCGGUUUUCUUAUCGCGCGUGGAUACCGCUUGAAUCCAUAACCGCAACACUUAACUAGAUUUGGUUCUAUCAUUUUUUCAGGACCAAUUACCAUAAACGAUUAUAUCGGUAGCAUGUUCGAAUCGUGUUAUUAUGCAGCAUUGUACUUAAAACUUUCAUGAGAAAAAAAAAAAUACGCCGUGAGCCCGG